CAUGAUGCCCUUCGGCGCGAUACAAACUGCCUUCUUGCGCUUAAGGAGUGUUUCCCAUUUAAACAAACACUGCUGAAGAUGGCGGAGAGUUAAGAGUGAGGGAAAAAAAGGAACUGCUGAGCUGUGAGGAAUAUACCGAAACUGGUGCUGAUAUGUGCUCAAGAUGAGCGGCCUGGGAGACAACUCCUUAGAGCAGCUGUGCUCUGACCGGAAACGCAAGCUCUCCACCUGCGAGACACCUGGCCUGGGAUGCGACAAGCGCCGGAGGGAGCAGGAGAGCAAGUACAUCGAGGAACUGGCCGAGCUGAUCUCAGCCAACCUCGGUGACAUCGACAGCUUCAACGUGAAACCGGACAAGUGCGCCAUCCUCCGGGAAACGGUGCGGCAGAUCCGGCAGAUCAAAGAACAAGGAAAAACCUGCUCUAGCGAUGAUGACGUCCAGAAGGCCGACGUCUCUUCCACAGGCCAGGGAGUCAUCGACAAGGACCACCUGGGGCCGCUUCUGCUGCAGGCUUUGGAUGGCUUUCUUUUCGUGGUCAACCGGGAGGGGAGUGUGGUGUUUGUGUCAGACAAUGUGACUCAGUACCUGCAGUUCAAGCAGGAGGAGCUGAUUGGCACUACCGUCUACAACAUCCUCCACCAGGACGACCGUGAGGAAUUCCACAAGAACCUGCCCAAGUCCAAUGCGAACGGCGUGUCCUGGGCAGGUGAAGCCCCCCGGCAGAAAAGCCACACCUUCAACUGCCGCAUGCUGGUGAAAUACAGUCACGGCCCCCCCGAGCAGGGCCCAGAGAGUCCCCCCCGGUAUGAGACCAUGCAGUGCUUUGCCCUCAGUCAGCCCCGUGCCAUGAUGGAGGAGGGGGAAGACCUGCAGUCCUGCAUGAUCUGCGUGGCGCGCCGCAUCACUGCGGUGGAGCGUUCAGACACCUUCGAGACCCGGCAUGAACUUUCAGGCAAUCUGGUCCAUAUUUCCCCUGGCACUCUGCGGACCUCGAUGCGACCCGGCUGGGACGACGUUCUGCGCCAGUGCCUCCAGCUGUUCCUGUACCACAGCGAAGGCCAGCCAUGGUCCAACAAGCGCCACUAUCAUGAAGCAUACAUGCAAGGUCAGGCAGAGACCCCAACGUAUCGCUUCACCUUGGCUGAUGGUACCAUGGUAGCAGCGCGAACCAAGAGUGUUUUAUGUCGCAAUCAGAUGACCAGUGAGCCACAAGGCUUCAUCUCUACCCACAUGCUGCACCGGGAGCAGAAUGGCUACCGCUCUGGACAGACUGCCAUGAGGCCACAGGGCAUGGGAAAUGCCAACACAGAGACCCAGGUGAACAUGCCCCCUGUAGCCGGCCCUGGCAUGAGUAUGAACCGGGGCUACGGCAUGAACGAGGGCCAGAUGGGCGGAGUCAUGUACGGCAGUGGUGGAAACCGGAUGAUGCAGAUGAAUCAGAUGAAUCAAAUGUCGCAGAUGAAUCAGAUGCCCCAGAUGAAUCAAAUGAACCAGAUGAAUCAAAUGAAUCAGAUGAACUCAAUGAGUCAGAUGAAUCACAUGAAUCACAUGAGCCAGAUGAACUCAAUGAAUCCCAUGAACACCAUGAACCAGAUGAACUCGGUGAACCCCGCCAGUCAGAUGAAUCUGAUGAAUCAGAUGACUCCGAUGAGUAAGAUGAACCAAGCCGGCAUGUCGCAGCAUCAGCUGCCCCCCUUUCCAGGUGGGGGGUAUGGCUUAGGCAUGAACAGCCCCUCCCAAAGCAGCCCUAGUAUGAGUGCUCCCCAGCCCAGCCUGAUGAUGUCCCCAAGAAUGCGUGGAAGCCCCAAAACUGGAGCCAGCCAGUUCUCGCCAGGAGGCCCGGGCAGCACUGGUGGUUCGGGUGGCUUCUCCAGCAGCUCCCUCAACGCCCUCCAGGCCAUCAGCGAGGGGGUGGGCAGCUCGUCACUGACCCCACCCACCCACAGGCACGAUGGUUCACCUGGCACCAGCGCCUCCCCUCCGCAGCAGAGCCGGGCUUCCAGGAGCCCCGAACCACACCCCAGUGCCCCAACGCCCCCCCCUGGGCCCGACGGCCAGGCGGCCCAGCACCGGGAGGCCAGUGAGGCAGCACCAGCCGGUGCUGAAGCUCCAGCCAGGCGGCUGCCGGACAGCAAGGGCCAUCGAAAACUGUUGCAGCUCCUCACCUCCCCUACUGAGGAUCUCAGCAUGACAGGAGCUGCAAGCCCCCCCUCUGCCUCAGUGUCCUCCUCCUCUUCAGCUGGGGCUGGGCCGCCGGGUCAAGGUGGCACCUCCUCUUCCUCCUCUGCCGCCACCACUGGCCCUUCUGCCCACUUUAACCACCCCCUGCAGGAGAAGCAUAAAAUUCUCCACAAGCUGCUCCAAAAUGGGAACACCCCAGAUGAGGUGGCCAGGAUCACCGCUGAGGCCACGGGAAAGGCCAUGGGUGCGCAGGAGCCGGGGGGAGCAGAGUCGGGGCAGGGAGGCGUGGGUGGGGUGGGAGGUGUGAAACAGCAGGAGCAGCACAGCCCUAAGAAGGAGAAGCCCCAUGUGCUGCUGCACUACCUCCUCAAGGACGACUCCAAAAAGAUCGAGCCCAAGCCCAAGAUGGAGGAGCUGGAGAACAAGGCCGGCCCGGAGGGCCCGGAGGGCAAGAUCAAGGCUGAACCUCCUGAUGAGUUGGAGUCCAUCCUGGGCGGCCUUGGAGGGUCCGGCUCUGGCUUCUUCCCAGAGACCUCUGGAGGGGGCAGUGAAGGAGGGGGCAAGCAGGCCAGCUGCACAGACAACAGCCACGAUGCCAGGAGUCCGAGUAUGGUCUCAGGGUCUCGAGCUCCAUUCCAGAGAGCCCUGUCUAUGGAUGCAAAGCCCGCCACAGGCGCAGGUCUGCCGGGUCGCCGUAGCGCCCCCUGUCCCGUACCCAUCAAGCAGGAGAGUGCAGAUGGUGUGGGCUCGAUGGGCGGGGCUGAUGGUUUCCCCGGCAACGCAGGAUUGAUGAGCAGGGGGAUGGGGGGUCCCCAGCGAUCACCCAUGGGGUCCUCAGUGGACUGGGGCAUGCCGCCAUCUAGUGGCAGUCCAGUGGGUUCUGCUGGUCACCCAUCCAUGCAACGACCUGGCAUGGAUUACACCCCCAAGGGCAUGAUGGGAGGAGGGCCCCUGGUCGGACGGUCCAACAGUGUUCCUGCCACCCGCUCAAUGCUGCAGCAGCAGCUGAUGGACAUUGGUAUGUGGUCUGUGUGUGUGUGUGUGUGUGUGUGUGUGUGUGUGUGUGUG